AUGGGCUCCACACAAUUUGGCAACUUUCACAACUUCUGCCGGGACUCGACAUUACCCGUUUGCAAUGUCUUAUCCGACGCGCACGACCAGUCCGGCCCAUGGGGCGGAUGUGAGCUUCGCGGCAUCUCUGUCGGAGGUGAUCGCAGGCUAGGCAACCUCGGAUCCAUUAUCAUCGCCGCCCUCGCCAUCGCGACCUCGGCCUUCCUUUUGUUCAAGUCGGAGAGGAAGAAGGCAGCUGUUGGGCGAAGUCCACUUGGUCCGGACCCCACCGCUGACCCCUCUCAGGCUUUCACUGGCAUUCACAUUGGCUUGAUCAUUGCCUCGACCUGGAUUCUCAUGCUCAACGCCCUCGUUGGCUUCCAGAUUGUGGACGACGGCACGCCACUUUCUCUCGGUCUCAUGGUGCUGUCAGCGGCCCUUCUCUUCGGCGGCACUCUGUACAUCACGCUCGACACUGGUUUCAAGUGGACGGGCUACUGGGACGACAGCUACAACUCACCACCGAACCGCCACAUCGCCCUCUACGUCCUGUACCAGCUGGUCCCCCUCAUCUUCCUCGUCGCCUUCUUCGUCCUCGAGGCCGUUCUCGUCCUCCGCAUCCUCGGCGAGACGAGGCCCAUGAUUUAUUUGACCGCUGCUCUCGUCCUCUUUGCUCUUGGCCAGGUCUUCAACUACGUCGUCAGCUCGCACAUUUGUGACGGCACCAACGGCGCCAUUGACGGCGCCCUUUUCCAGACGCUCUUCACCCUUCUGUCCGUCGUCAUGGUAUGGAUCUUUUGGUCGAGCAUCACGGAGGACGACUGGCCGAUGCAAGUUGGCACCGCGUACCCUUAG